UUAAUUUUUAGCAUAUAGGUGAAAUAUUGGACGCUUCCUAAUUUGCAUACAAUAAAUCAUGUUUAAUAUGUGAGAUUUAAAUUAGCUACUAAACAAUUUGUGCGCAAACAUUCUCAAAAAAGGUGCAUGGAAAAUAGUAUGCUGUAAUAUCAGAAACCUCCACAAUUUAAUAAUGUGGUAAUAUGUCCAAAAUAUGUAUACAGUUUCUACAUAGCCUACACAAAGGUAUAGGUAUAUGCACUUAUAUGCACUUUUCCAUCAUCCGCAGGGCAGUUUUAAAAGAAAUAUCAUGCUUUAAGAUAAACUUAUAUAAAAUGUCAUAGUAGAUUAUUUAGAUUAGAUCUAAUUACUAGAUUAUUUCUCAAAACACAGUGAUUCACCAAACAUUAACAGAUGCAUAUAAAGGAUAUGAAUAAUCUGUUUUGUAAUGCAAAACACUCAAUUGUUGCAAUGUUUUUUUUUUUUUCACAUAAUUCCUAUUUUGUCAUAUAAUCUACAAAUUACGUAGAUGACAGUCCAUACAAGGUUCUACAUGUAUUUUCAUCUUCCAGCAGUAGAAACAUAAGAAGCAUUUAUGGUCACAGCCUAAUGGUAUCCAAAUGUUACAUAUUUUCAGAUAGGACAUGAGGAUUGUGGAUGGAAACGACUGAAAGGAAUAGCAUGCAAUAAGGAGUGAUUAUAGGAGUAUCACCUUGUCGCCAAAUAAUGUCGAUUUUUUUUUUGGUUACAAUCCUGCUCGUUUUUCCACUGGUUUCUCAGUUCAGUAGGUCCGCGCGUCAAGAACUAAAUGUUCUAGUUCACAGUGGCACGUGUGGUAGAGACUCUGUUGACUGACUCAUCGGCACAACGGAGGUAAGAAGUGGUACUGAACUUGACAAACAUGGUCUCGCGCUCACGCGUCGUCUGUUUUUUAGCCUGCAGCUUAAGUACAUUUAAUACAAACGUCUGGGAAGUGGAAUAACAUGGCAUGUGUCAGUGUCUUUAUUCGCCUGAAUGCACGGACCUCCUUUUUGGCAUUGGAAAGAGCGAGAGCAUUUUAGGUGUGCAGCUGAGUUUGGGGUUGGUGAAGAUAUGGGAGACCCUUCCCUAAGCCGGGACUGCCCACUGGAUUGUAAGGUCUAUGUUGGCAAUUUGGGCAACAGUGGUAACAAAACUGAGUUGGAGAGAGCAUUUGGCUAUUAUGGUCCCCUGAGGAGCGUGUGGGUGGCAAGAAAUCCUCCCGGCUUUGCUUUUGUGGAGUUUGAGGACCCCAGAGAUGCAACUGAUGCUGUGAGGGAGCUUGACGGAAGAACACUGUGUGGUUGUCGAGUGAGAGUUGAAAUGUCCAGUGGUGAAAAACGGUCAAGGUAUCGAGGACCACCCCCUUCUUGGAAUCGUCGCCCUCGUGAUGAUUAUAGACGCCGCAGCCCACCCCCUAGACGGCGGUCUCCUAGGAGGCGGAGCUUUAGUCGUAGUCGGAGCAGGUCCCUUUCCAGAGAGAGGAGAAGAGAGAGGUCUUUGUCCCGCGAUAGAAACUAUAAACCUUCAAAGUCUUUCUCAAGAUCACGCAGUCGUUCACGUUCCAAUGGUCGGAAGUGAGAAAUGUUCAAGGCCAGCCUCAUCAGAGAAAGCAUGUCUGUGCGCUUCUCCUCAACAGACCAGGAUGAUUGGAAACAGUGAUGGAUUUUUUUUUUUUUGCCCCCAGUGUUUUUAAAAUGUAUCUUCCCCAUAGUGUUCUGACUAUCCUUUUUUACUUAAGAUAUCUGUGCUUAAUGGGUAGCAAUGGUUUCAUCCUGCCUAAAUGCCUGAAUGUAAUUUUAUGCUCUUUGGGCAGUGAAAAGUUCUGAAUGGAAUGUCUGAACUCAUGUCUGACUUAGAUGGUCAUUUGUGACCAGUUUUGUAUGCUUUUUUUGUUUGUACUUCCAUUAAAAGAAGUUCCUUAUGAAUUCACUGUAUGACUUUUCUCUACAGUU